GAGAAAUAGGAGGGGCUUCUAAACGACUAGAAAUGUCAAUCUGAGCAAGGGAGUCCCAAUAAUCUAAAGCAAUCUGUAAGGACCUGACCUUAGUCCAUCCAGAUCAAUAGGGAAGUGAGGCUGGAAAGAAGAAGAAGAAGAAGAAGAGGGAGAAAUAACCGGAUCGUUUCCACUGGAGGAAAUAUAGACUUCCCUUCUUGCUUUGCACCCUUUUGUUGCUCACAUGCUCACACUGUAAAGAAGUGGAUAUCGAGGCAAUUCCCCUUUGCUUUGUGUGGUUGCAGCAGCAGACUUUUUCCCCCUUCCUUUUUCCUAUACCACCAUGUCUUUCCCUCAGCUGGGAUAUCAGUACAUCCGACCGAUAUACCCUCCGGAGCGCCAGGGGAUCGCCAGCAAUGCCCGGGCCGGAGCAGAGCUCAGUCCGUCCGGCGCGCUCUCCAACGUCCUCUCCACUAUGUAUGGAUCUCCUUUCGCCGCAGCAGCGCAGGGCUAUGGAGCGUUUCUGCCCUACUCAAACGAUAUAUCCAUUUUCAAUCAAUUGGGUGCUCAGUAUGAACUGAAAGACAGUCCCGGUGUCCAGCACCCAGGUUUCGCCCACCAUCACCCUGCUUUUUACCCAUAUGGCCAAUACCAGUUCGGUGACCCGUCCAGACCCAAAAACGCCACCAGGGAGAGCACCAGCACCCUGAAGGCCUGGCUCAGCGAGCACCGCAAGAACCCCUACCCGACCAAGGGCGAGAAGAUCAUGCUGGCCAUCAUCACCAAGAUGACCCUCACCCAGGUGUCCACCUGGUUCGCCAACGCCAGGAGGAGGCUAAAGAAGGAGAACAAGAUGACCUGGGCUCCUCGGAACCGCACCGACGAAGAGGGGAAUGUGUACGAGGGUGAGGAGGAGGACGAGGAGAGGGACAAGAGGGAGGACGAGGAGGAGAUCGACCUGGAGAACAUCGACACGGAGAAUAUCGAGAACAAGGACGACUUGGACGACCAGGACGACCUGCAUUCAGAUAUUAAACUAGACGGGAGGAGUGACUCGGAGAUUUCGGACGGCUAUGAGGAUUUACAAGACCAGAGGUUUCUAAAAGUGGUGAGCAAAGAGGGCAAAGGAGAAUCGGAGAGAGUUGGAGAGCACUUCCACACUCCUCAUCAUCAUCAUCUCCAUCACUCUUUGGACACCAAACCGUCCCAAGUAAACCCGGUGUCCGUGAGCUCGCCUCCCUCAGAGAACAACCCUGCACCUGCACCACAAAAGCCAAAGAUCUGGUCUUUGGCAGAGACAGCCACUGCGCCAGACAAUCCGCGCAAAUCGCCGCACAUGAACGGCAGCAGCAGCGGCGGCGGCGGUCACUCUGCAGGGACGGCAGCCGCGCACCAGCAGACCCAAUUAAUCGCAGCUCCUCACAGACUCAUCUCUUCUUCUUGUCCAGUUGGGAAAAUCCAGAACUGGACGAACCGAGCCUUCUCGGCCCAUCAGCUGGCUUUACUGAACUCCAAUCACUAUCUGGGACUGGCAAACCAUCAGGCCACUGCUGUCACCGGCCUGGCUCUCUACAGCAGCAGCAGGCAACAGGACAACAAGAGUCAUAGUUCAGAGACUUCAGUCACAGGUACAUGUCCCCGACACUGAGACGCAGCAUGUAUAUAAAAUAACUACAAAAGACAAAACAAAAAAGACACUAGUCCAUUGCCCGUCAUUCAUUUCUAUUAUUUUUAGACCUCUUUUUGCCUUCUUAUGGAUUUUUAUUUCCCACCCUCCUCUCUCUCUCUAUAGGCCACACAGAUGAACAGUGUUACAAUGUUAAAGCUUACAGUGUGUGUGAUGUAUGCGAGUGUGUGUGUGUGUGUCUGCUUUGAAAAAAAAUGUCCUCCUCAGAAAGCAUUUAAGAAAAAUGUUGAAUUGGGUGAAAACUUGUUCUUAAUUUUUUCCCCCGUUCUUCUUUUUUUUAUUUGUAUUGUUAUGAUAUUGUAUUCAAUGGUUUACAUAAAUCCCCUCAAAUAGUUUGCAACACUAAAUUCUGCUUCUGAGACCCAGGAUGGGCUCUGAAAAUAAGCAGUUCAAUAUUAAUAACGCAUUUUUUCUUUUUAAUUUUCAUUAAAACACUUUCAGAGAGAUCUAGUGCCUUGGAUGCAGAGAUAAAAAAAAAAAGUUGUUAAAAACAGCUUUCCACCCAGUUCAAAGAUAGCGAGGCUGUCAAUUAAUGACAUUUGGGAAUUUUCUUUUUUGAUGCCAUAUCAUUUUCUUUCUUUUUUUAAAAAAACAAACCCUCAUAUUUACCCAAAUUAGCUUUUAUUCUAAGAUUUGUUUUUUUUUAUCCUUGUGUGUGUGUGAGCGCUUGUGUUAUUUCGUCAAGGCCUAUGUUACACUUACUUGUUUGGUCAUGCAAAUGAGCUCAAUGCAAAUUCACUACAGGCUCGUAUUUGAAAGGCAAUUGUCACUUUUAUAUCACUUUGUUUUUUUAGCUCUUCCUGAGGCUAUUAUUAGUAGGAUUUAUUUUAUUAUUUUUUUUUAAGAUCACUACAUUUUUUUUUCUGUUAUACUACCCCUGUGUAUUUCAGGCCUCAACUAGAAGCAGCGGUGGUUCUUUUCGGCUCUCUCUCUCUCUCUCCUCUCCAUUAUCUCUCACACAUCCUCUUUAUUCUUUUUUUAUUUUAAUUUGAAUAUGGAAUGUAAAAUAAGAAUAAUACAUCUCUGUAUACUUACAUUGUAAGCAUGUCCUGUGUAAAACUGCUAAUGUAAUAAUGUAUGAACCUGUAGUCUGUGAGUUUUUUUUUCUUUUCUUUUUUGUAAGUUCUGUGAGGAUUUGAUGUUUCAAAUGUUUUUUUGUAUAUAAAGUUAAGAAUAUGUACAUACUUGUGAACCAAAUUGUACAAGAAAAGUCUAUAUUUUGGCUAAUAAAUGAACUGCUGCAACUUUAA